AUGCUGGUGAGAUACAGGAGCCAGGUUCCCGCCUCUCAGCUUGGGCCUCUCCAGGCUCUUGACCCCAGCCCCUCUCCCUUGCAGAGUCCAAACGCGUCCCUUGACCCAGAGCCUCGGAGCACCUCAAUCCCUGACGGCAUCCCAGGGGGCAGGAGCAUCUCCCCAGGAUGCCCGGAGAGGCCCCUGGGGCCUUGCGCGCCGCCAGGGCUGGAGGAGGCUCUGAGCGCUCUGGGGCUGGAGGGAGAACGUGAGUACGCCGGGGACAUCUUCACCGAAGUCAUGGUGUGCCGCGCGUUGCCCCCGAGGGCCCUGCCCCGCACCGUGACCCCGGAGAUGCGCGCGCUAGUGGUGGAUUGGCUGGUUCAGGUGCACGAGUACCUGUGUCUGGCGGGGGACACGCUCUACCUGGCCGUGCACCUGCUUGAUUCCUACUUGCGCGCGGGCCGAGUGCGCCUACACAGCCUGCAGCUGCUGGGCAUGGCCUGCCUGUUCGUGGCGUGCAAAGUGGAAGAGUGCGUGCUUCCCGAGCCCUCCUCCCUCUGUCUCCUGGGCGCUGGCUCCUUCUCGCGGGCCGAGCUUCUGCGCGCGGAGCGCCGCAUCUUGAGCCGCUUGGAUUUCCGGCUGCACCAUCCGGGCCCGCUACUUUGCCUCGGGUUGCUUGCUGCGCUGGCCCGGAGCGGCCCCCAGGUGUUGCUUCUCGCCACUUACUUCUUGGAGCUGUCUCUGCUAGAGGCCGAAGCCGCAGGGUGGGAGCCGGGUCGCCGUGCAGCUGCGGCGCUGGGCCUGGCUCACCGGUUGCUCGACGGAGCGGGUUCCGGGCCUGAGCCGGCGCUUUACAGGUAUGGCCGCUGUGGAGGGUCUCUGUGGCUGCAGGGCCUACCUUCUUUGUCGCCGUCUUUACGGUCUCAGAGAAUAUGAGACAGUUGUGUGGGGGCGGGGCUAGACUUGUUUCCUGACCGAGCGGAGCUGGGCCCGCUCGAGCGGUGCAUGGUCCGCGCUGCGCUCCGAGGCCCCGCGCCCGGCCGCGCCGCUGUCUUUCUCAAGUACGCGCGGCCCCAGCGCCAGGGCACCAGCCUCGCCGCCGCCUACCUGCUCCGCCACUCCCUACCGGGGCCUCCCUGA